AGUGUGAGGAACCUCAAAUGGUUCCUCAAGUCUCUCUUCAUUUUUACAGCGUAAUUCUGCAAGAGCUUCCAGAUGAUGUUUACAAAUGUUUUUCUAGGCAGCAGUGACCUGAAACAUAGACUUGCCCUAAUGCUAAAGCACUAAACUUCCUGCAUAACGCGCUGUGGUUACAUAAAGGCAGGCACCAGCUGAGCUUACGUUCAGUGGUAUCGUGCCCUGAAGUGACACCGUGCUCAAGGGGAGAAUGGGAGGAGACGGUGGCGUAGGCUGUCCGGUGUUCGGUUUCACCAGCUCACACGUGACCUCAAUGGCUGCUUGUCUGUUCUGUGCAGUGCAUCAUUCCUCUACCGCCCAGCGAAUGUAGGCUACAGCAGUUUGCUCGCUUCGCUGAACUAUCGGUGCGGCCACUUACCACCCGCCGAAGCGAAAUUCGUCUACACGUUCAGCCGAACAGCUCACCGGCUGAGAAGAACCACAUUUGGGAGAGAAAUUAAAGCGUCUCGGGGUUCAACGUCCACCAACCAACACAGCGGUAGGAGGAGUCAACAGUGGAAGUGAAUGGGGACUGAGACUGUCAUGCUGCUGUCUAAUAUCUCUUAUAUUCUUCGGAAGAAAAAAGUCAACAUGAGGAGUGUUUCUCUCUGGUGUGGUGUCUGAAGAGAUUUAAGAUGGAGAAAUCCAGCAGCAGGUCACUGUGUUGGACUGCCUCGUUUGGACAGGUUUGACCCGAGAGCAGUUUGUCACCCCCGGAGCACUGCUUCUCAUUUCCUCUUGUGUCAUAUCGCCCUAGUCCGUCCUGCUGAAACCGGGUGGAUUUGAGUGAGAUCAGGCUCUUGUGAAGAGUAACAACCCUGUCAAACAGUGCUGGAAUUUACUCAACACACUUUUAUUCCAAGAGAACUUUGGGAUUGUAUCCAGAAAGUUACAUAACACCAAAACAAAGAGCGCUACACCUGUGAGCCGUACACUUUGAUCGAAUGGCGUCAUAACCACUCACACGCACCCUGGAUCACCAGUCAUUAACCUGUUUCUGUCUUACAGCCACAAUAGCAAGCACUCGCACAGACAAUCGCAGACAAAUCUCUCCUAGCUGGAUUACCAAAAGUAGCUCAUGAUGGGAAAGUAGACAUCCGGCAACACGGAUAACCUGCACAGAGGUCUGGGACUCAGUGUUGUAUCUGAGCGUGCCAUGUCUGGAAACGGCAACCCCUGCCCCAGCCCCGGAGGUCUGGGCACCCAUUUAGGGGGCUUCCCUAUGACGCACUACCCUUACUUCUUUCCUCAUAUGCUAGGAGGGCUCUCCCCUCCAGCGCUUUCAGGACUUCCUGUCAGUGGAUACAGCACUCCAUCUCCUGCAACUGUGGAGACCCAGAGCACAAGCUCAGAGGAGCUCGUACCCAGCCCACCUUCUCCACCACCACCACCACGGAUCUACAAGCCCUGUUUCGUCUGCCAGGACAAGUCCUCGGGCUACCACUAUGGAGUUAGCGCAUGUGAAGGGUGCAAGGGCUUUUUCCGGAGGAGCAUUCAGAAGAACAUGCUGUACACCUGUCACAGAGAGAAGAGCUGUAUCAUCAACAAGGUCACCCGAAACCGCUGCCAGUACUGCCGACUGCAGAAGUGCCUGGAAGUAGGCAUGUCUAAAGAAUCUGUUCGGAACGACCGGAACAAGAGGAAGAAGGAAGAGAAGAAGCAGGAGUGUUCGGAGAGUUACGUCUUAAGUCCUGAUACGGAGCAGAUGAUCGAGCGGGUUAGGAAGGCCCAUCAGGAAACCUUCCCCUCCCUGUGCCAGCUGGGCAAAUACACCACGAACAACAGUGCAGACCACAGGGUUUCUCUGGACGUUAACCUGUGGGACAAGUUCAGUGAACUCUCCACCAAAUGCAUUAUUAAAACGGUGGAGUUCGCCAAGCAGCUGCCGGGCUUCACCACGCUCACUAUCGCAGAUCAGAUCACCCUGUUAAAGGCCGCCUGUCUCGACAUCCUGAUUCUGCGAAUAUGUACACGUUACACACCGGAUCAGGACACCAUGACGUUUUCAGAUGGUCUGACACUGAACCGCACACAGAUGCACAAUGCCGGCUUCGGUCCACUGACAGAUCUGGUUUUCGCUUUCGCCAACCAGCUCCUGCCUCUGGAGAUGGAUGAUGCAGAGACGGGGCUUCUCAGCGCCAUCUGUCUGCUGUGUGGAGAUCGGCAGGAUCUGGAGCAGUCGGAUAAGGUGGAUGUGCUUCAGGAGCCGCUGCUGGAGGCCCUAAAGAUCUACGUGAGAAAGAGGAGGCCUCAUAAACCACAUAUGUUCCCCAAGAUGCUAAUGAAGAUCACAGACCUGAGGAGCAUCAGCGCUAAAGGAGCCGAGCGAGUUAUAACUCUGAAAAUGGAGAUUCCCGGCUCCAUGCCUCCACUCAUUCAGGAGAUGCUGGAGAAUUCGGAGGGUCUGGAGGGUGGCGGUGGGGCGAGAGGAGGAGGAAAAGGAGCACCACCAGGAAGCUGCAGCCCCAGUUUGUCUCCCAGCUCAGCACACAGCAGCCCCUCAGCUCACUCCCCCUGAGUCUCACCUCCAGACAGGGCUCCGUACAGAACGAAACUGGUUCGAAACCAGAAAUAAGCCACAGCCGACCAGUGCCAGAAACCAGAAUUCUGGUAGACUUUGAUCUGGGCUGACCGGACCCGAAUCGAACAGUAAAUCUGGCCGGCUUUCAUUAGCUGAAGACCAAUUGAGUUACACACAGGCCGAGUCUGCUCAAAACUCACGCUGUCAUUAAAACCACCAGUGAUUCAGUGACUACCAGAGCCCUGCAGCUUUUCACGUGGCGGUAGUUUGUGAAGACGGCAGAACAGAUGCCCUGUGUGUGCAGAAGCGGCUCUUCACUGUGUCUUCCCAGCUCUGCUCCCAUCACACAAACUGUGAAGGCCCAGGGAAGAUCUCUUCCUCAUCUGAAGGAUGCAUACUCUUGGGUCUGUGAUUGUUAUUUUAUAAAUGUCAAUCCCUUAAAGCAAGCUAAAGGAUGUUAGGACGUCAAAUGUCCACAAGUCAGGGACAUUUUGAACUUUCCAGCUGUUCUGGUUCCGUUUCUUUGUUUUCUUACAAAAAAGAUAUAUGAAUAUAUGAAAUCUAUAUUGACAGAAAUAUGAGAUUUGAAUCUUGUGUCUUAGGUGGAAUGCAGAACAAUACUUAACUUUUCUCUCAAGAGUUAACAGUGGGUCAACCUUAACCGUGUUUAUGUUCACUCCAAGACAGUCCUGUUCACGUCAUGCACAAGGGCACGUCACACUAGCACUGAAAACGAUGCGUGUACUUCAAGAUGUGAAGUACGAUGGGGUUAACACGCAGUUUUGUCCAGUGAGGAAAUGAUUUGGAGACGUAUUCACAAUGAUCAACUUGGCAGUUUUGGCAAAGAAAUGAAGGAUCUCAUGUAAACAAGCAGCAUUUAUGAUGUGUAUGAGAUCUCAAGAUUUUAAGGAGCGGUAAAUGCCUUUGUGUAGCUUUUUAAUAUUGUUUCUUAAUUUACUUUUAAUUUUGUAAUUUGUUAACUGUCGAAAGAUACAGAGACACCCCCAACCCCCUCCCCACACACACAGACACACACACACACACACACACACACAGUAUUAGCAGAUUAUUAAAUAAAAGAUGAUAUUUCCAAACAUAAUCACUCGCAGAGAAUACAAGAUGUAUUUUUAGCUAAAUGCCCACAAGAAAUUCAUAUCAUUUCAGAAGUAUUGAGAAUGUUGUAAUUGAGUAUUUACAGAACCUCAUGCCUUUUUUGCCUGCACCUCAGUCUUGAAGCCCUGUUAGUGGUAGAUUUGUUUCUAAUCAUCCGUCAUGCUUUAGCUGUCACAUGUGCUGAGAUGUUUCCACCGCCGCGUCCUUCUCCUCUGUACCUUACAACAUCACUGCCUCUGCUCUCCUGCAACAAUCAUUGAACAAUUGUCAACAACAACACUGCCUCUGUGCGACAAUCACUUUAAGUAAAGCUCACAAACAACUUUGCCUCUGUAACCCACACUGAUCCCUGCCAGACAUCUGGAUUCAUGAGACCGCUAGCCUAGUUUUUUUUUUUUUAGGUCUAAAAACAUCAAACAAGUACUGAAUUCACAAUUAUGGUUGUCUAUAAAUGCUUUAUUAAAGUAAGAAUGUUGCGUUCUUUAGUCUUAUCUGAAUUACCAGAGACAUUUGUCAUCAUUUACUCAUCCUCAUUUAAUUCCAAAUCAGUACGAGCUUUUUUUUUUG